CCACUAGUGCAAGGUCCUAGAUUUACACUUGGUGCUUGCUUGUUUCUUCCUAGUUGCUACUGGUAGCACGCAGUGGCUGGCUGGCCGUAAUCUAUUGUCUGGGCUCGAUCGGUGAUUAGGAAGUAGCCAAAGCAAGCUAAGGCCGCCGCCGCCGCCGCCAUGCCGACGCCGUCGCACCUCAAGAACCCGCUCUACUUCGACUUCCGCGCCGCGCGGCGGGUGCCGGAGUCCCACGCCUGGCCGGGGCUCGACGACCACCCCGUGGUGGACGGCGGCGGCGCGCCGGGGUCCCCGGACGCCGUGCCGGUGGUGGACCUGCGCGAGCCGGGCGCCGCGGCGGUGGCCCGCGUGGCGCGCGCCGCCGAGCAGUGGGGCGCGUUCCUGCUCACCGGCCACGGCGUCCCCGCGGAGCUCCUGGCGCGCGUCGAGGACCGCGUCGCGUGCAUGUUCGCGCUGCCGGCCGCCGACAAGAUGCGCGCCGUGCGCGGGCCGGGGGACGCCUGCGGCUACGGCUCGCCGCCCAUCUCCUCCUUCUUCUCCAAGUGCAUGUGGUCCGAGGGCUACACCUUCUCGCCGGCCUCCCUCCGCCGCGACCUCCGCAAGCUCUGGCCCAAGGCCGGCGACGACUACGACAGCUUCUGUGACGUGAUGGAGGAGUUCCACAAGGAGAUGCGCGCCCUCGCCGACAGGCUCCUGGAGCUGUUCCUCAGGGCGCUCGGGCUCACCGGCGAGCAGGUCGGCGCCGUCGAGGCGGAGCGGAGGAUCGGCGAGACGAUGACCGCCACCAUGCACCUCAACUGGUAUCCGAGGUGCCCGGACCCGCGGCGCGCGCUGGGGCUGAUCGCGCACACGGACUCGGGCUUCUUCACCUUCGUGCUGCAGAGCCUCGUGCCGGGGCUGCAGCUGUUCCGGCACGGCCCCAACCGGUGGGUGGCGGUGCCGGCCGUGCCGGGCGCCUUCGUCGUCAACGUCGGCGACCUCUUCCACAUCCUCACGAACGGCCGCUUCCACAGCGUGUACCACCGCGCCGUCGUCAACCGGGACCUCGACCGGAUAUCGCUCGGCUACUUCCUCGGCCCGCCGCCCCACGCCAAGGUGGCGCCGCUCCGGGAGGUCGUGCCGCCGGGCCGGGCCCCCGCCUACCGCGCCGUCACGUGGCCCGAGUACAUGGGCGUCCGCAAGAAGGCCUUCACCACCGGCGCCUCCGCGCUCAAGAUGGUCGCCGCCGCCGCCGCCGCCACCGAAUCCGACGACACCGACGCAGCCGCCGCCGCCGUUCACCAGCCGCCGGUCGUCGUCUCAUCGUAGCCGAUCGAUCGCCGGAAACACAGACGAUGCAUACCGUACCCCGAGCAAUCUAAUCAAAACAAGGCAUCCAUUCUCGCGCGCAUGCAGCGGCCAGCCGGGCUUCCGCAGCUGCUCGGCCUCCUCUGCUGGCUGUGGAAAUGGAAAAUUUUAAUCUGAGAUGAAGACGAAGACGAAGACGAAACGGAGAGGAAAAGGACAUGCUGUAGCUGUUUCUUCUAGUUGCGCAGGCCGCUCCCAGUCGAGUUUGUCGUUACUGACGAUUAUUACUCUGAUGAAAACUAAUCUGAAUUAAUGCAUGUAGUUUGGCAAUUUGGUACUAAAGGUAGGCACCUAGCCAGGCUGGUCAAUGAUAGGUCUAUAACCUGAUCCUGUUCUCUGUUGUUUUCCUUUGUCUGAGAAAAAAUGGAAAUAAUUGAUCCGGCCGGACGGGUGUACUGAUAGGUGAUGCUGAAUUGCUGA